AUGUCCAUCAGAGGAUUGAAGAAGAAGCAGCCAAAGACUUUCAAGGUCAAAGUCGUGACGAUGGACGCAGAGAUGGAGUUCAGCUGUGAGAUGAAAUGGAAGGGGAAGGAUCUGUUCGACCUGGUGUGCAAAGCCCUGGGCCUGAGGGAGAGCUGGUUCUUUGGCCUGCAGUAUACCUCCAAGGGAAUGAGCGUCUGGUUGAAAAUGGAAAAGAGGGUUUUGGAGCAGGAAAUUCCAAAAGAAGAUCCAAUGAAAUUUCGGUUUGUGGCCAAGUUUUAUCCUGAAAAAGUGGAAGAGGAGCUCCUUCAGGAAAUCACCCAACAUCUCUUCUUCCUCCAGGUCAAGCAGCAGAUUUUGGAUGAAGAGAUCUAUUGCUCUCCAGAGGCCACCGUGCUGCUCGCCUCGUACGCCGUCCAGGCCAAGUUCGGGGACUACGACCCCAGCUUCCACGAGCCGGGAUUCCUGGCCCAGGAGGAGUUGUUACCUAAAAGAGUUCUCAAGCAAUACCAGAUGACAGCAGAUAUGUGGGAAGAAAAGAUAACAGCUUGGUAUGCAGAGCACAGGGGCACAGCCAGGGAUGAAGCAGAGAUGAAUUACCUGAAGAUUGCACAGGAUCUGGACAUGUAUGGGGUCAACUACUUCCCCAUCGCACAAAAUAAACGGCAAACAGACCUCCUGCUGGGCGUCGACGCCAAGGGGGUGCACGUCUACAGCGUUGACAACCGCUUCUCACCCAACAAAUCCUUCGAGUGGAGUGGAAUCAGAAACAUUUCCUACAGCGAGAGAGAGCUCACCAUUAAGCCGCUUGACAAAAAAGCUGAAGUUUUCAAGUUUUUUUCCUCACAGCUAAAAGUGAACAAACUGAUCCUGCAGCUGUGCAUCGGGAACCAUGACCUGUUCAUGCGGCGGCGCAGAGUUGACCCGGUGGAGAUCCAGCACAUGAAGGCCCAGGCCAAGGAGGAGAAGGCACGGAAAAAGAUGGAGCAUCAGAGGUUGGCCAGGGAGAAGCAGCUGAGAGAGGAAGCAGAGCGAGCCAAAGGCGAGCUGGAGAGGAGAUUGUUCCAGCUGGAAGCCGAGGCCAGACAGGCCAACGAGGCCUUGCUCCACUCCCAGGAGACAUCGGAGCUGCUGGCUGAGAAGGCCCAGAUCGCCGAGGAGGAGGCCAAGCUGCUUGCCCAGAAUGCGGCCGAGGCGGAGCAGGAGCGGCAGCGGCUGGAGCUCGCCGCUCUGAAGACCAAGGAGGAGAAACGCCUCAUGGAGCAGAAGAUGAGGGAAGCUGAGCUGAUUGCCGUGAAGCUGGUCAAGGAGUCCGACAGGAGAACCAAAGAGGCCGAACACCUGAAACAAGAUCUGCAAGAAGCCAGAGAGGCGGCCCGCAAGGCCAAGCUGAGGCUGCUGGAAGUGACACGCCUCUGUGCUCCGGUGACCAGGUACCCGGGCCUCCCCCCGGCAGAACCCAGAGACGCCGGUUCUGAGAGAGGCUUCAUGAAGCUGGACCUGAAGGAUGCAGACCUAAAGCGCCUGUCCCUGGAGAUCGAGAGAGAGAGGCUAGAUUACCUGGAGAAGAGCAAAAAGUUUGAAGACCGACUCAAGGAACUCAAGUUGGAAAUCCAGGCCAUGAAACUCGAGGAGAAACAAGCUGGGGCAUUCCCACCCUGGGACGGGGCUCCGGGGCCCCCAGGCCAUGCUCUCGGGAAGGCCCCGUCCUGGACGCCGAUCUUCACGGGAGGAACCGCCUUGGAUGAAAAUCUCCCCGCGUCCUUCCCCGCUCACUCCACCCACGCUCCGGGCAGCUGGGUCUGCAGCAGCCACUGCCUCCAACCCACAGUGGGAAAAAACGCUUUUCCGACCAACACCUUGGUCUCCAGGAACGCAGGGACGGCAGCCCGAAAAAACAUCAUCAAGGUCCAACAGCACGAGUCUGACGUGAUCUACAUCUGAUGCGGUCGGGACCCUCCCAGGGGAGGGAGCAGACGGGCC